GAGAGCAAGUAAUUUUCCUCCAAUUCUUCAGGAUCCACCCGAGACCGGCCCAGCAGCCGAAUUCGGAAUCGAGGAUUGAUCGGAGCCUCCCGCCGGCGGGUUCUUGUCAUGGGCGGCGAUGCGGCGGAUGGCCGCCAGGUCCCCGCGGUGAGCCUCGAAGGCUUGAAGGUGGUUUCCGCCCUGGGGCGCGGGGCCAAGGGAGUGGUGUUUUUGGUCUGGGACGAGGCGCUGGACCAGACCUGGGCGCUGAAGGUGAUACUGAGGGACAACAUCCAGAAGAAGAACGAUAAGGAGGCGGAGAAGGCGAACGCCGACGGCGGCGACGGCGACGAGUACCGGAGGAUCGCUUUCGAGCAGGAGGUCCUGGGGCAGUUCGAUCAUCCGCUGCUUCCGAAGCUCCGCGCCGUCGUGUCGACGGAGAGGAUCGUCGGCUACGCCAUCGAUUACUGCCCCGGCCGUGAUCUCAACUCUCUCAGGAAGAAGCAGACUGAGAAGAUGUUCUCCGAUGAAAUUAUCAGGUUUUACGCGGCGGAAUUGGUUCUCGCGCUCGAGUACUUGCACAGCUUGGGGAUCGUGUACAGAGACCUGAAGCCAGAGAACGUGAUGAUCCAAGAAGACGGCCAUAUAAUGCUCGUCGACUUCGACCUCUCCACUAAGCUAUCUUCGAAAUCCGCUCAAUGCUCUCCGAUCGUCGCCGACCGAGCGCCCAAGCUGCAGUCGGCUAAGUCCAGGAGGCGAUUCUCCCCGCUCCACGGAUGCUGCGGCUCGGGGAUCUCGCCGGACUACUCGGUCCAGUCGAGCAUGCCCGGCCCCAACUCCAUCUUCCCGGUCGAGUCGGGCCCGGCCGCGGGGAAGUGCAACUCCUUCGUCGGGACGGAGGAGUACGUGGCGCCGGAGAUCAUCCAGGGCGACGGCCACGAUUUCGCGGUGGACUGGUGGUCGCUGGGGAUCUUCCUACACGAGAUGCUGUACGGGACGACCCCGUUCCGCGGGUCGAACCGGAAGGAGACGUUCUACCGGAUCCUGACCAAGGAGCCCGAGCUGGUGGGCGAGCCGACGGCGCUGCGGGACUUGAUGAGGAAGCUGCUGGAGAAGGACCCUCGCCGGAGGAUCGGGCUGGAGGGGAUCAAGGGCCACGAGUUCUUCAGCGGGGUGAGGUGGGACACGGUGCUGCGGAUCCAACGGCCGCCGUACGUCCCGCUGGUGGAAGAGCUCGAGGUAAGGAAUAGCAACAAUGGCGACCAGGCGGGGAGCUUCGACGUGGUGGGGUUCGUGGAGGGAAUAUUUGGGGGUGCAGAGAGCGACAGGAAUAAAGAAGAGAGCGAGAAUAAGGAAAAGAAGGGCGGCGACGAGAAUGAGAAUAACAACGGGAACCAGAGGGUUUGGGUUGAGGAGUUGAACGAACAUUCCUCCAAGGCUAACGAUUUUUUGGUUUUCUAACUUUCCGGACAUAUUCUUUUUUUGAAUGAUAUGAGCAAAUGUGUAUAGAUUACCCAUGAACAGAGAUUAUGACGAAAUUCGGAUAACUUCCGAUUCGAUUUUUC